AAUUUCGCUAGCCGUGAGGUCAUCACAGCGCGCCGUUACAGCGCCUCCCAGAACCCCAUAAUUUAUUUUUUGGUUGGGGGAUGAAAUGAAAUGAACUGAUCUCUCCCACCCCGUUUUGCUUUUAGUCCUCCACUCUGGCUGUGCCUACCCUCUGAGGAAUGGAGCGGGACAGGGAAAGAAAGGCAGCCGGAGGUGGCAGCGGGGCCGGCCGGGGAUGACUCGGCGACGCCGCCAGCCGAGUUACCCGGCGUGCCCUGCGCGGCGCCGGCCGAGAGACGUGGGGGGAGGGGCGGGGAGGAGGAAGAGCGGCGGCGGCUGCGGAUGUCGCUGCGACCGAGCGGCGUCUGAACACACGGCGGCUGCCGAACGCCCGACGCGGGCCUGCGCCGGAGCCCACACCGAGCUCCGCGGCCCCUCGCCUGCCAGGGCGGCCUUGCACCCGCUGUCACUGAGGCGGCGUGCCCCGCAUUCUCCGCCGUCCGGGCCGGCCGGCUCUGCCGUCUGCUGGCUCCCCCUCGCUCACCCGCUCCCUCCUGCGCGCCUGAGUCACCGCCGCCGCCGCCAUGGCCGAGAGUGGUGAAAGCGGCGGCCCUCCGAGCUCCCAGGACAGCGCCGCCGCGGCCGAGGGUGCCGGCGCCCCCGCGGCCGCUGCCUCUGCGGAGCCCAAGAUCAUGAAAGUCACCGUGAAGACCCCGAAGGAGAAGGAGGAGUUCGCUGUGCCCGAGAAUAGCUCCGUCCAGCAGUUCAAGGAAGAAAUUUCUAAACGUUUCAAAUCACAUACUGACCAACUUGUGUUGAUAUUUGCUGGAAAAAUUUUAAAAGAUCAAGAUACUUUGAGUCAGCAUGGAAUUCAUGAUGGACUUACUGUUCACCUUGUCAUCAAAACACAAAACAGGCCUCAGGAUCAUUCAUCUCAGCAAACAAAUACCAGUGGGAGCAACGUUACCACAUCCACAGCUCCUAGUACUAACUCCACAUCUGGUUCUGCCACUAGCAACCCUUUUGGUUUAGGUGGCCUUGGAGGGCUUGCAGGUCUGAGUAGCUUGGGUUUGAAUACUACUAACUUCUCUGAACUACAAAGCCAGAUGCAGCGGCAACUUAUGUCCAAUCCUGAAAUGAUGGUCCAGAUUAUGGAGAAUCCCUUUGUCCAGAGCAUGCUCUCAAAUCCUGACCUGAUGAGGCAGUUAAUUAUGGCCAAUCCACAAAUGCAGCAGUUGAUUCAGAGAAAUCCAGAAAUUAGUCAUAUGCUGAAUAAUCCAGAUAUUAUGAGACAAACAUUGGAACUUGCCAGGAAUCCGGCAAUGAUGCAGGAAAUGAUGAGAAACCAGGACCGAGCCUUGAGCAACCUAGAAAGCAUCCCAGGGGGAUACAAUGCUUUACGGCGCAUGUACACAGAUAUUCAGGAACCAAUGCUGAGUGCUGCACAAGAACAGUUUGGUGGUAAUCCAUUUGCUUCCCUAGUGAGCAAUACAUCCUCAGGUGAAGGUAGUCAACCUUCCCGUACAGAAAAUAGAGAUCCAUUACCCAAUCCAUGGGCUCCACAGGCUUCCCAGAGUUCAUCGGCUUCCAGUGGGACCACCAGUGCUGUGGGGGGCACUGCUGGUAGUGCUGCCAGUGGCACUUCCGGGCAGAGUUCAUCUGCGCCAAAUUUGGGGCCUGGAUUAGGAGGUAGUAUGUUCAACACACCAGGAAUGCAGAGCUUGUUGCAACAAAUAACUGAAAACCCACAACUUAUGCAAAACAUGUUGUCUGCCCCCUACAUGAGAAGCAUGAUGCAGUCCCUAAGUCAGAACCCUGACCUUGCUGCACAGAUGAUGCUGAAUAACCCCCUAUUUGCUGGAAAUCCUCAGCUUCAAGAACAAAUGAGACAACAGCUCCCAACUUUCCUCCAACAAAUGCAGAAUCCUGAUACAUUAUCGGCAAUGUCAAAUCCUAGAGCAAUGCAGGCCUUGUUACAGAUUCAGCAGGGUUUACAGACAUUAGCAACGGAAGCCCCCGGCCUCAUCCCAGGGUUUACUCCUGGCCUGGGGGCAUUAGGAAGCACUGGAGGCUCUUCAGGAAGCAACGGUUCUAACUCUGCACCUAGUGACAACCCAAGUCCCACGACAGGAACCACUGAACCACAGGGACACCAGCAGUUUAUCCAACAAAUGCUGCAGGCUCUUGCUGGAGUAAAUCCUCAGCUACAGAAUCCAGAAGUCAGAUUUCAGCAACAACUGGAACAGCUCAGUGCAAUGGGAUUUUUGAACCGUGAAGCAAACUUGCAAGCGCUAAUAGCAACAGGAGGUGAUAUCAAUGCCGCUAUUGAAAGGUUACUGGGCUCCCAGCCAUCAUAGCAGCAUUUCUGUAUCUUGAAAAAAUGUAAUUUAUUUUUGAUAACGGCUCUUAAAUCUUUAAAAUACCUGCUUUAUUUCAUUUUGACUCUUGGAAUUCUGUGCUGUUAUAAACAAACCCAAUAUGAUGCAUUUUAAGGUGGAGUGCAGUAAGACGUGUGGGUUUCUCUGUGUUUUUUGGUUUUUUUUUUUUAAACAGUGGGAAUCAAUGCUUUUUCAUUUAAGGCUACUGCAUGCAUCAAACACUUCUGCAUUUAUUGUAAUUUUUAAAAAAAUAUCACCUUUUAUAGUUGGGUGAACAGAUUUUUGUCCUGCAUCUGUCCAAUUUAUUUGCUUUUUAAACAUUAGCCUAUGGUAGUAAUUUAUGUAGAAUAAAAGCAUUAAAAAGAAGCGAAUCAUUUGCGCUCUAUAAUUUGUGGUACAGUACUGCUUAUUGUGACUUUGGCAUGUAUUUUUGCAAACAAAAUGCUGUAAGAUUUAUACUACUGACAGUUUUUGCUUUAUUUGUAUACAAUGUAGUAUGCACAGUUGGGAUUGCAUUUCUAGAAAAAACUGAAAUAGAUUAUCUGAGCAAAGCACCUGUAACCAAAAAAGUGAAGAUAAGGAAAUAUUUUAAAGCUGAGUAUUUCCUAAUUGUGUAGAAUCUUACAGCAUCUUUGAUAAACAUCUCUCAGCAAAAGUGCCGGUUAGUCAGGUUUGUUGAAAAUAUAGUAGAAAACUGAUUCUGGUUAUCUCUUAAGGACAUUUAAUUGUACAGACAACAUAAUGUAACAUUGUCUCAACAUUCACAGAUUGACUGUAACUUACCUUCAUCUUUGUGCAGACUGAAGGAGCACUGUAGUAUAACCCAAAAGUGCAUUUGCCUAGGACUUUUCAGCUUCUCCCAUAGGUAGUUCAACAAGCAUUACAAUUUGUAAUUGAAAUGUUGCUUUCACUGAAAGUGUCUUGAUGUUUCAGUUAUUUUUAAUUGCCAUAUAAAAAUAGAACUAUCUUUUGGGUUUAUCAGUUUUCUCAUGCACAGGCAAUACAUGAAUUUAAAAUGAUUUGUGAGCCACUUGUUUCUGAAGUGUUUUGGUAGUUCUAUUAAAUAGUUAAAUAUUGUGCUUUUCAGAGCCUCAGAGAAGGGGAACUGGGGGCGGGGGGUGGGGAUCUCUCCUGGAUUGGGCCAGCCUAAAUAAUACUGGCAACCAAGAUUCUGUUAGGAUUUCUGUGCAUAUAGUGUAGUAAAGAGGUAUCCUUCAGGGGUGAAAAACAAAGAGCCGUUUUAACAAUGUUGAGUACAUUUGGCUGUUCUGCAGCCUUUUUCUUCCCUCCCCAAAGAAGUUCUGUUUGCCUAACUCUCAAACUGUUGGGGUGUGGUACAUUCCUUUAGGACCAAUUAAAACAUAACUUUGGGGUCAGUAAUAUAUUUGGCUGACUCUGGUUCAGUAUUCUCUUAGGUCGUUAUAUUCUCUCAUGUACAGUUACAGGAAAUUAAAAUGUUAAAGUAACCUAUAAUGAGUUCAGACCAAUAAAAUCAAGGGAAAUACAAGUUGAAUUCCAUUACUUCUGUAAGUUGCUUGCUAUUAAAAAAGGUCAAGAGGCCAGGUUGCCCACCAGCCCAUGCACUGUUCUGACACUUCCCCAGGAGGAAAACAUGAAUGAUGGUCAAGGUGGAGGCAUGACUAGAGGAGGUUGUUAAGGAUGAUAUUCAUGUGUCUUUGCUCUCUCUGCCUUAUGCCUCAGUCUGGUUCAAAAACUUUUGUACUGGCGAAUGGUAAUGGUGGUAUACAGUGUGGGAUAGUGUCAUAACCAAUUUGACAGUUUAUUAAUCACAAAAUAACAAUAAAUCUCUAGCUUUUACACUUG